CACUUACACUUGGGCAGCAGAGCCGGAAACGUGAGUCACCUCCUGUGGGGUUGGCCUGGCUUUCAGUUUUGCCUGCUUUCGCUAAUACAACAGCAGGAACAUGUGUGUAAUACAUGUGUGUAAUAUGGGCUUAAUCUUGUGCUUUGUUUCCAAAUUCAUACACUUUACUGAGAUUGAUCCUGUUAAAUCAGGGACUGAUGGCAACCCUCAGUCCGAAUCCUUAACAAUAGGAAAAUAAAAUACAAGUAGUUUGUAAUCAGAGUUCAGCACUUGAUUUCUGUAUUUUCCUGGCCUUCAGAUUCAGUAGAAUGUGCUUUAAUUGGGGCUUUGUUUCUGAAGAAUUUUUAACAAAAUUUCUGCUCUCAUACUUACUAUAACUUCAGAUUAUAGAAUAUCUAAUCAGGCUAAGAUGAUUCAAAUAGAGGUUUGAAACUUGUGCCUCUUUGUUUUGAUUAAAGAAAUGCUUGCUUCAGAUGAUGAGGAAGAGAUUUCUGCUAAAAUAGAAAAAGCUUAUGUCCCAAAGCUAACAGGGACGGUUAAAGGUAAAUUUGAUGAAAUGGAGAAACACAGGCAGGAAGAACAAAGGAAGAGAACAGACGAGGAGAGAAAACGCAGGCUUGAGCAGGACCUGUUGGAGAAGAGGAAAAUACAGCGUGAAUUAGCAAAAAGAGCUGAGCAGAUUGAGGACAUAAGCAAUACGGGAACCGAAUCCGCAGCAGAGGAAGGAGAUGACUCACUGCUUAUAACAGUGGUGCCUGCCAAAUCCUACAAAACAUCUGGAAAGAUAAAGAACACUGAGGACCUGGAGAAAGAACAAGGGAAAGAGAGGGUUAAUCAUGAAGAUGAUAAAACAGGAAGAUAUGAGGAAGAGUGCCCAUCUCUCAAGGAAGCAAAGUGUCUUUCAUUAGUCAUGGAUGAUGAAACUGAGGCCAAAAAAGAAUCCCAUUUUCCUGGAAAAUUGAAAUUAACCUUUGAAGAACUGGAGCAACAAAGACAAGAAAAUCGCAAGAAGCAAGCUGAGGAGGAAGCGAGACGUCGCUUAGAGGAAGAGAGGCGAGCCUUUGAGGAAGAGAGGCAGCGCAUGGUAAAUGAGGAGGAUGAAAACCAAGAUACGAGAAAAGUUUUUAAAGAGUACCGCCCUGGAAAACUCAAACUCAGUUUUGAGGAACUAGAAAGGCAAAGAAGAGAAGAAGAAAAAAGAAAAGCCGAGGAGGAGGCCCGGAGGAGAAUAGAGGAAGAGAAGAAGGCAUUUGCUGAAGCGAGGAGGAGCAUGGUACAAGAUGAUGACUCCCCAGAGAUAUAUAAAACAGUUUCUCAAGAAUCUCUGAUGCCUGGAAAACUGGAAAUUAAUUUUGAGGAAUUAUUAAGACAAAAGAUGGAAGAAGAAAGACGACGAACCGAGGAGGAACGGAGGCAUAAACUAGAAAUGGAGAAGCAGGGAUUUGAGCAGCUGAGACAAGAAAUGGGAGAGGAAGAAGAAGAAAAUGAAACUUUUGGAUUGAGUAGAGAAUAUGAAGAACUAAUCAAAUUAAAAAGAAGUGGUUCUAUUCAAGCUAAAAAUCUGAAAAGUAAGUUUGAAAAAAUUGGACAGUUGUCUGAAAAAGAAAUACAAAAGAAGAUAGAAGAAGAGCGAGCCAAGAGGAGAGCAAUUGAUCUUGAAAUUAAAGAGCGAGAAGCAGAAAACUUCCACGAGGAAGAUGAUGUUGAUGUAAAGCCUGCAAAAAAGAGUGAAUCUCCCUUUACUCAUAAAGUGAACAUGAAAGCCAGAUUUGAACAAAUGGCAAAGGCAAGAGAAGAGGAGGAACAACGGAGAAUUGAAGAACAGAAGUUACUCCGAAUGCAGUUUGAACAGAAAGAAAUUGAUGCGGCACUACAGAAGAAAAGAGAAGAUGAGGAGGAGGAGGAAGGUGGUAUCGUUAAUGGCUCCACUACUGAAGAUGAAGAGCAAACCAGAUCAGGAGCGCCAUGGUUCAAAAAGCCUUUAAGAAACACCUCAGUUGUAGACAGUGAGCCAGUAAGGUUCACUGUUAAAGUGACAGGGGAACCUAAGCCACAAGUUACAUGGUGGUUUGAAGGGGAAAUGCUGCAGGAUGGAGAAGACUACCAGUACAUUGAGAGGGGUGAAACCUACUGCCUUUAUCUACCAGAAACGUUCCCGGAAGAUGGAGGAGAGUACAUGUGCAAAGCAGUCAACAGCAAAGGCUCUGCAGCAAGUACCUGCAUUCUUACCAUUGAAAGUAAGGACUGACUGGCUUUCUCCUUCAUUUUAUUAAAGAAAUAAAUAGGAAAAACAGCAUUCCUAUUCUUUCUCUCUCUCUCUCUCUCUUUUAGUGGAUGACUACUAGGCUUCCUUUUCUCCUUGGAACUCUUUCUCCAACCCUUUUGCUACAUCUCUGUGGAGGGGCCAAAAGGAGACCAGAGGUGCCACUAUGUUGACUCAGUCCUCUUUCCCAAACCAGGAGCUCAUCCAAAGAAAGCCUUUUCAAGCGCACAUCAGGUUACCAUGUUGUGCCCAGUUAAAAUGUAGUUGACAGGAAAGGGAGAUGUACUCACUCUGUCAGAACCCAAAACAAACGCUUUGUAUUUUCCAUAUUUAUACCAAUUAUGCUUGCAUGACUGAAUUUAAGAAUAAGAGUUUUAUGUCUAAAAUGGGGCAGAGAACAGUGACUCAGUCUUCCUCUGCAGUAUGUACCUGCCGUAGACUCCAAGUCUUCUGAAGCAGAUACACUGACAGGAGCAUCAUUCUUCUCACAACAAAGGUGUUUUGUUUGUUUUGUUUUUGUUUUUAAAAGAACGACUACUAAAUCUGAUACAAACCAAAGCUGCACAGUAUUCCAAGUGUGACUAGUUAACUAAAAGUUAUAAAGUGUAUGCUGUGACCUGCCUGAAUAAAUUAUACUUUAAUGAGAAAAUAUUAGUAUUCCAUGCUAAUGGUUUUUUAAAGCAUAGUUGAAGGUUUCAAGACCUAAGAGAAAUAGUCUGUAAAUGUCAGGCAUGAUAGUUGCACACCUUUACCCCAGAACGUGGGAGACAAAGGCAAGCAGAGUUCAAUGUUACCCUGGUCUACACCGUGACCAGGAUAGUGAGACUGUCUGGAAACAACAACAAAGUCUGUAAAUAAUUAUAACUAUUAUGUUCUGUUAUUUGAUUGUUUUGUAAUACAAAUUUCUUGGAAAAAAAUUAAUUUUACAUUGUGAAAUCAUAGUAAUAAAGUUACCCGUGCUUUAAAAUA